AUGGUGGGUGCGCGCACGGGGGUAUCUGCAUCCGCCGCUGCGCGGAGCAGCGCGCGCUGCCUCCGCCGGCUUCGUCCGCGGAGAGCGCGGCUGGCGGUGGUGCGGCUGGCGCUGGGAGCAGCAGUGGUCGUGGUGGGCGCAAUUGCGGUGACGGUGCGCGGCAGUGGUGCCCCCGUGAAGCGCGCAGGCGCGGGGGCAAGAGAGGUGGCGCAACGCCGCCAGUGUCGGAUGCAGGCAGUAGGGAUGGGGCACGAUGGCAUGCAGGGGGGUGUGCUGUCGCUGGGUAGCGUGGGGCGGUGGAGGCUGCCACGCCGUGCCCUCCCUUCCUUCCACCCCCCCCCUCGUCCCCACUCUCUCACCUCCUUUCUUCUCCCUGACCACUACCCUCCCCUCUCCCUCCCUGCUUCCCCCAAUUCACACCAGCAGCACUGCUCAACACUCUUAACCAUCACAGCGCUCUUUGUGAAUGGCGACUCCUGGGUGGACGUAGGCAACAACCACGACGGCUCCCACCGCUUCCUGCGUGCUGACCUGCCGCUCUACGGCAUGAGUUACAUCGAGGCGUUGGAGCGCUUCUCCGAUGGCCGCCUGAAGAUCGACUACUUGGCGCGCUAUCUGGGGCUGCCCUCGCCGCCCCCCGUGCUACAGCAAGGGCGCAAUGCCUCUCGCGGGCUUUACUUCUCCCGUGCGGAGAGCCACACUCUCGACCACCGCCUGCUCGACGCGAUUCACGGCAGCGAGGGUGGCUAUAUUGUGGGAGCAGGACGCGCAAGCUCCGCGGAUGGGGGAGUGCGGCGGGCGUCCCUCAUCAAGUACCCACCCUUGGAGGAAGUGAGGGGUCUGCCGGAGGAGAUUGUGGGGGAUGAGGAGGACAUGGAUUUUGCAGAUGUUGAUGCAAGCGUGGAAGGCGAGGAAGAUGAGGAUGAUGGGGUGUAG